AUAUAUUUUUAUUUUUGAACAAUUUUUGAGAUUAUUUAUUACAUAUUUACAUUUGUCUCAUUAACCAUUAGUCAUCAUUACACAAGAUAACAAGCCAAUGGUUUUUUUUUCAGUUUUUUGUGAAAUAAUUGUAGUGAAUAGUAAUUAAAAAUCAACCGUUAAUUGUAAUAAUAUAGAAUUAACACAAGUAAUUUGAUUUAAUAUAAUACAUUUUUGUACUUAUGUAUUUGUUGUAUGUUAAGAAACAUAAAUAUAUUUAUUAAUAACACAAAAAUGGGACAAAUACACACUGUUGGACCCAAUAAAGCUCUAAUUGUAUCUGGUGGGUUUUGUGGAUCGACCAAGAGAACAACAGUUGUUGGUGGUUGGGCAUGGGCUUGGUGGCUUAUUACAGAUGUUCAAUAUCUAUCUCUUGAGGUUAUGACUUUAAAUCCCAUGUGUGAAUCUGUUGAAACCGUUCAUGGAGUUCCGUUAACUGUAACAGGAGUAGCUCAAUGUAAAAUAAUGAAAGCGGACGAACUCCUACAAACAGCAUCUGAACAAUUUCUUGGUCGAACUACCAAGGAAAUUAAACAAACUGUGCUUCAAACUCUAGAAGGUCAUUUAAGAGCUAUAUUGGGUACUUUAACAGUCGAAGAAGUGUAUAAAGAUAGAGAUCAAUUUGCAUCUCUUGUAAGAGAAGUAGCUGCACCUGACGUUGGUCGUAUGGGAAUUGAGAUAUUAUCAUUCACAAUAAAAGAUGUUUUUGACGAUGUUCAAUAUUUAACUUCACUUGGAAAAUCUCAGACUGCAGCAGUAAAAAGAGAUGCAGAUAUUGGAGUUGCACUUGCCAACCGUGAUGCCGGUAUAAGAGAAGCUGAAUGUGAAAAGUUGGCGAUGGAUGUAAAAUAUGGAACAGACACAAAAAUUGAAGAUAACUCAAGAAUGUUUAAGCUUCAAAAAGCUAAAUAUGAUAUGGAAGUUAACACUGCAAAAGCUGAGGCACAGUUAGCAUAUGAAUUACAAGCAGCUAAAAUAAGGCAAAAAAUCAGAAAUGAAGAAAUACAAAUUGAAGUAGUUGAACGAAAGAAACAAAUUGAAAUUGAAGUACAGGAAGUUGAACGUAGAGAAAGAGAACUGAAUUCUACUGUUAGACUGCCUGCUGAAGCUGAAAGUUAUCGCGUUCAAGCAAUUGCUGAGGGAAAGAGAACUCAAACAGUGGAAGUCGCAACAGCAGAAGGUGAACGUAUUAAGAAAAUUGGACUUGCUGAAGCUUCAGCAAUAGAAGCUGUUGGUAGAGCUGAGGCUCAAGGUAUGAUGUUGAAGGCAAAUGUAUUUAAACAAUAUGAAGAAGCAGCUGUUAUGUCUUUAAUCAUGGAUGCAUUACCAAAAAUUGCUGCUGAAAUAGUAGCUCCUUUAUCAAAAACUGAGGAAAUCGUAUUAUUAAGCGGGAAUAAUAAUGUAACGGCAGAAGUUAACAGAUUAGUUGGACAAUUACCUCCAGCUGUUCAAGCUUUAACUGGUGUUGAUUUAACUAAAGUCUUAUCAAAACUUCCAGGGGUCAAAUAAAAUGUUUACAUGGAAUUGUUGUUUACAAUUUCUAUUAAAUUCUUAUAUUUUAAGUUUAUUGUAACAUGAUCAAAAACUUAUAAAAGCUUGUAUUUGUAUAAGAUUAUAAUUCCUUUGCCUAGGUUUCAAAUGUUCGUUAUUAUUUUUGCCAUUUUAUGGGUAACCGUUAUAGUAAAAUAUUUAGUCAUUAUAUGUU